GGUGGGGAGGGCGGGAUGGAGGCUGGGCAGGCUCGGUGGGCUCUAGCCAAUGGCGCCCGAGCGGCUGCCCCGUCACCAUGGCAACGCAGGCCGCCGGCGGGGCGGCCAGCCGCCCAUUGGGUAAAACCUUUCUCGAAGGCUCGAGAAGGAGGAAGCGGAAGUGGCACGUGGAGGGGCCGGUGGAGGCGCCGGUCAGUCAUAUCGUUUGGACCAAAAAACAGAACAAUCGGAGUUGCAGCCAAAAACCAGCAAAUCACUCAUGCAAACAAUACAGUGUCUAGCUUUAAGAGAUUCCAUGGCAGAGCAUUCAGUGACCCCUUCAUUCAGAAGGAGAAGGCCAGCCUGAGCUAUGAUUUGGUCCCGAUGAAAAAUGGUGGCGUUGGGAUAAAGGUCAUGUACAUGGAUGAAGAGCAUCUCUUUAGCGUGGAGCAGAUAACAGCCAUGCUGCUGACUAAGUUAAAGGAGACUGCAGAAAACAACCUCAAGAAGCCAGUAACGGAUUGUGUCAUCUCAGUCCCCUCCUUCUUCACAGACGCUGAGAGGAGGUCUGUCCUGGAUGCUGCGCAGAUCGUGGGCUUGAACUGCUUACGACUCAUGAAUGAUAUGACAGCUGUGGCUUUGAAUUACGGAAUUUAUAAGCAGGACCUCCCAAACGCAGAUGAGAAGCCUCGGGUAGUGGUGUUUGUGGACAUGGGGCACUCCUCUUUCCAAGUGUCUGCCUGUGCUUUUAACAAAGGGAAACUGAAGGUUCUAGGCACAGCAUUUGACCCCUUCCUAGGAGGAAAGAACUUUGAUGAGAAGCUGGUGGAGCAUUUUUGUGCUGAGUUUAAAACCAAGUACAAGUUAGAUGCAAAAUCCAAAAUCCGAGCACUCCUUCGUCUCCAUCAGGAGUGUGAAAAGUUGAAAAAGCUCAUGAGCUCCAACAGCACAGACCUGCCACUGAACAUCGAGUGCUUCAUGAACGACAAAGAUGUCUCGGGAAAGAUGAACAGGUCACAGUUUGAAGAACUGUGCGCUGAACUCCUGCAAAAAAUAGAAGGGCCCCUUCAUUCCUUGAUGGAGCAGACUCACCUCAAGGCCGAGGAUGUGAGUGCCAUUGAGAUAGUUGGAGGGGCCACAAGAAUCCCAGCUGUGAAGGAAAGAAUUGCCAGAUUCUUUGGAAAAGACGUCAGCACCACACUCAAUGCCGACGAAGCAGUGGCCAGAGGCUGUGCCCUGCAGUGUGCAAUUCUCUCUCCAGCAUUUAAAGUCAGAGAGUUCUCCGUCACAGAUGCUGUUCCUUUUCCCAUUUCUCUGGUCUGGAACCACGACUCGGAAGAAACUGAAGGUGUUCACGAGGUGUUCAGUCGGAACCAUGCUGCUCCUUUCUCCAAAGUUCUCACCUUCUUGAGAAGGGGGCCUUUUGAGCUGGAAGCAUUCUAUUCGGACCCUCAAGGAGUUCCAUAUCCAGAAGCAAAAAUAGGCCGUUUUGUCGUUCAGAAUGUCUCUGCACAGAAAGAUGGAGAGAAGUCUAGGGUGAAAGUCAAGGUGCGUGUGAACACACAUGGCAUUUUCACCAUCUCCACGGCGUCCAUGGUGGAGAAAGUCCCAACGGAGGAGGAUGACGGGUCUUCGGUAGAGGCCGACAUGGAAUGUCCAAACCAGAAAGCAGCAGAAGGCUCGGAUGUGGAUAAAAAUAUCCAGCCAGACAACAGUGAAGCUGGAACACAGCCCCAGGUACAAACUGAUGGUCAACAAACCUCACAGUCUCCCCCUUCACCUGAACUUCCCUCAGAAGAAAACAAAAUCCCCGAUGCUGACAAAGCAAAUGAAAAGAAAGUUGAUCAGCCUCCAGAAGCCAAAAAACCUAAAAUCAAAGUGGUGAACGUUGAGCUGCCUGUGGAAGCCAACUUGGUCUGGCAGUUAGGGAGAGACCUUCUUAACAUGUACAUUGAGACAGAGGGGAAGAUGAUAAUGCAGGACAAACUGGAGAAGGAGAGAAACGACGCUAAGAACGCAGUGGAGGAGUGUGUGUAUGAGUUCCGAGACAAGCUGUGCGGCGGACCUUAUGAGAAAUUCAUAUGCGAGCAGGAACAUGAGAAGUUCCUGAGGCUCCUCACCGAGACAGAAGACUGGCUGUACGAGGAAGGAGAGGACCAAGCGAAGCAAGCGUAUAUUGACAAGUUGGAAGAGUUGAUGAAAAUGGGCACUCCUGUUAAAGUCCGAUGUCAAGAAGCCGAGGAGCGCCCGAAAGUGUUGGAGGAGCUGGGGCAGCGGCUGCAGCACUAUGCCAGGAUUGCAGCGGACUUCAGGAGCAAGGAUGAGAAAUACAACCACAUUGAUGAAUCUGAAAUGAAGAAGGUUGAGAAGUCUGUUAAUGAGGUGAUGGAGUGGAUGAACAAUGUUAUGAACGCUCAGGCUAAAAGGAGUCUGGACCAGGACCCUGUUGUGCGCACUCAGGAAAUAAGGGCGAAGGUCAAGGAACUGAACAAUGUUUGUGAGCCUGUUGUAACGCAACCCAAACCAAAAAUUGAAUCCCCUAAACUGGAGAGAACUCCAAAUGGCCCAAAUCUUGACAAGAAGGAAGAUUUAGAAGGCAAAAAUAAUUUUGGUGCUGAAGCUCCGCAUCAGAACGGUGAAUGUCACCCUAAUGAAAAGGGCGCUGUCAGCAUGGACCUAGACUAGGCGCUGCG